GUUUAUUUUUUUAUUUUCACUUCAAUAUUCAAUCGAGCAAUUAAAUUAUUUUAAGUUUCUCGUUAAUUAAAAUAAAAUACACCUGUUGGACAUUGAAUUUAAAUACUCUUCCUGUAAGCUGAGACCAUGGCGGCCAUUCGAAAAAAACUCGUCAUCGUUGGUGACGGUGCCUGCGGAAAAACUUGUCUGCUCAUUGUGUUUUCCAAAGAUCAAUUCCCAGAAGUUUAUGUACCUACCGUAUUUGAGAACUAUGUAGCUGAUAUAGAAGUAGAUGGCAAACAAGUAGAACUAGCACUGUGGGAUACAGCAGGUCAAGAAGAUUAUGAUAGACUAAGACCAUUGUCCUAUCCUGACACGGAUGUUAUCCUCAUGUGUUUCUCCAUAGAUUCACCAGAUUCAUUAGAGAAUAUCCCAGAGAAAUGGACACCGGAAGUGAAACAUUUCUGUCCUAAUGUGCCGAUUAUAUUGGUUGGUAACAAAAAAGACUUGCGUAAUGAUCCAAAUACUAUUCGCGAGUUGAGCAAAAUGAAACAAGAGCCCGUGAGGCCAGAAGAGGGGCGAGCAAUGGCCGAAAAGAUAAAUGCAUUUGCUUAUUUGGAAUGUUCAGCUAAAAGUAAGGAGGGUGUCCGUGAAGUAUUUGAAACUUCAACUAGAGCAGCUUUACAGGUUAAAAAGAAAAAGAAGGGGCGAUGCCGUCUACUUUAAAUUAAUAGAAAUCAUACAUAAAAAUUAAUAACAUAAAUUGCCAUGGUUUUAUUUUUAAUUUAAGUUCUAUUCUCGCGUUUCAGUCUUCCGGGUUUUAGCCAAGCAUAUAUUUCAAGAAAACUUUUUUUUGUUUAUAUACAUAUAGGAAGGAGAUAAGGUUACUUAAUUGUCAAUUUCAAUUCUCAUCUAUAAAUAUUGUUUUUCUUUUUGUUAAGAUAUUUAUAUUUAUAUAUAUAUUUUUUUUUACAGCUCUUCUGACCCAUAAUAUACUAUAAACAUGACUCCCUAGAACUGUGUUAACCUUUGAUGGUUACCAACAUUUAACACCAAAUAUUUAUUAUUGAAAUGACUCGAAAUGAAAUAUUAAUCUUACAAUCAAUAAUCAUAUAUAAUCUUGUGUAGGAAUUAAAUUUUUGUAGAAUUAGAUUAAAUUG